AGAACUUUAGCUGUGGCCUUCUGGAUAGCACCAACAUUUCAUAAGAAAAAAGGCACUGAAGCAAACAAGCUAUUGCUCCUCAUCAUUUCCUGUGGGCAUGGAGUUUUGCUAGUAGAGCAGAAUGUAUGAAAAGUCAAGCUAUGAAAAUGCAAGAUAGCACUUACCAGGCACUUUCUGCUCAGAAGAAUCCUAGGAAAAAAAGUGGAUUAUUUGAGACUACAAGUGCAAGAAAGCUGCAGACUUCCUUUCCUCCUAUUCACUUCAGUCUCAGUACCCCCUCCAGAUCUAUGUACAAAAGCUGCAAGGAUCAUGUAUCAAACCUAGAUGUUUUCAGAGACAUCCGGGGGCAGAAAAUCAACCUACCUCAGGUGGAGAAGCCAUCGGAGAAAAUUUCAGCACCCAUCCUGUCUGUUACUGCUGUGGAUAAUCGUAAAGCAACAGGAGACCACAGCCGAUACCUCAGGGCUCGCUCAAACACUUUAGUAGUGCCUUUUCAUAGUACUAGAGAGAUUAAACUGGAAAACAAAUCCAGGUUAGAUUUGCCGUCUUCAAAGGUAGCAUCAGAAGGACUGUCAGCCAAGACACACAAAGUUCCAGAGUGUCCAAACUGCAAAAAGGAAAGGAGGAUCCAAAAUGAGUACGACAAGUUCAUUUUGCAGUCAAAGAGGGACAAGGAGGCCUUGCAGAAGACGAUUGUGAAGCUAGAAGCUGAGCUGAAAAGAUAUGAAGAGCAUCGUAAACCAGCUCAAGGACAAGAGAGUGAAGUAACCUGCUCUGUGGAAGAACAGCAGCACCUGAGAGGGGAAGCUUCUCUUCUUGAUGGUUUGGAAGGAAUGUGUAAAAAUGAACUAGCAUAUAUGAAAAGCAGAUCAGACAUGAACAAACUGGAAGAGGAGAGCAAAGGAAAGCAGCAACAAAUGGAUAGUUUGUUAGUUGAAAUGGAGGAGUUAAAAGCCCAGCUGCAAAGAAUUCAGAAUAAUGAGGAAAAACAAGCUCAGAUGACCAAAAUGAAGCAAAGCAAGUUGGUUCUUGAAAUGGAAGAGUUAAAGUCCCAACUUGAAAAAACAAAGGAGCGGGAAAGGCAAAAAGUAGCAGUUUUAGAAAAUGAGAAGGAUGCCUGUCUGAAGGAAAUAGCAGAAAUGAAAACUUGCAUUGAGAAGAUGGGCACAGAGAACAGUUUGCUUAUGGAGAAAAUGAAAGCCUUGGAAAAUAGGUCUUCCUGUUGUUGUUUGGCUUCCGUGGUUCAUGGCAAUGCAGAAAUACUAACAAUUUCUCACCACAGCACAUUUAGUGUUGAUGCAGAAAGCCCUCAUUGCUUCAAUAGUUGUGGUGAUGCAACUUGCAAUUCUGGGACACAAAGCGGUAAAUGUGUUGCUGGGACAAGCUCAGUGGAGGAUGAUGAAAUCGGAAUGAAAGAGAUGUAUAAACAGCUGAAGAGAGAACGUAAUCUUCUGCUUGAUGUCAUGCUACUUAUGUACACAAGACGAUGGUUUCUGGAAGAAGCAAUACCAUAUAUAAGAAGAACUCUUAGGAAAUGCGGCGUAAAUUCAGAAGAUAGAAACUGAAACUCAGAUCUCUUAUCCAGUCAAAACACAGGAUUUAAUGUAAUAGCUCACAGCCGGGUUUGUUCUUGCUUCAGAGUGUUUGUCUACACUGCAAUUAGACAAGCGUGGCUGGUCCAUGCCAGCUGACUCGGGCUCGUGGGGCUCAGGCAUAAGGGGCUGUUUAAUUGUGAUGGAGACAUUUGGGCUCUGGCUACAGCCUGAGCUCUGGGAUCCUUCCACCUUGCAGGGUUCUAGAGCCUGGGCCCCAGCCAAGUGUCUAUGCAGAAUUAAACAACCUCUUAGACCAAGGCAACUGGCACAAGCCAGCUGUGCAUGUCUAAUUGCAGCGUAAACAUACUCAGAGAUCAGUGGGAGCAUAAUUAAAUCCAG